AUGCAACUUUACGCCGUCAUAGUUUUUGCUUUUUUUAACUGCGUUCAAGCCAAUUUGAUACCUUUAUCAUGUAAAGAUAAAAAAGCUUUUGUAAAUGGACACAAUUUACGACGGCAAAAGAUUGCCAGAGGGGAAGUGCCAAAUCAACCAGCUGCAGACGAUAUGAAAUUUAUAAUAUGGGAUGAUGAAUUAGCAGGGAAAGCUGCGGCAUGUGCAUCCAGUUGGAGGAUUUCGACGACUGAUCCUAAACGUAGAUUUACGAUCGAAGAAGCUCUAAUCGCGUGGUUUGACGACGAACACAAAGACUACAAAUAUGGACCGAUUGUGCAACGACCAGCGAAUGCACCUAAAAUAGGACACUAUACACAGAUGGCUUGGGCGGACACAACACAUGUUGGUUGCGCUGUAUCCCGGUUUACAGAGGGCCGGUGGACAAAACACUUCGUCGUUUGCAAUUACGGUCCUGCUGGCAAUAUACUGGGGUAUCAUCCUUAUAAAACAGCUAUGGCCAAUAGCAAACGUAGACUGAUUUGUGUUAACAGCGACAAAUGCAAACGACCAUAUGGAUCAAGAUGUUGA